AUGGGAACUAACCCAAAAAGGACAGUGACAGUCCAGAUGGUGCCUCAGCUGGCUGCGGUUGACACACUGGGCAAUAAGGAGCCUAAUGCCAACUGGACGAAUGAGCCGCACCUCAAACUCUCUCAGGUUUGUCCAAAACCCACCCUCACGUCUCCUGACCACAAACAGGACAACUCAUCUCUGACAGCUUCUUCCACUAACACCACCCCACACACCCAAAACACAGCUUCCAAGGGAGGUGAACCUGUUAGCAGCACUGUGUCAGACAAACCAGCACCAACUAAUGGAAACCAGACAGAGUCUGAGCUUGUGACAGGUCGAGACCAACAGAUGCAAGACCUGUCUCCAACAGGCCAAGGAGUAGGUGAGGGAGGAGGCGACAAGAGGGAUUCAAAUGCUAAUAUGAAAAUGCUAAGCCUGGUUGAUGAAAAAGAUAUCUGUAAGGCUGGUUUGUCGCCUGAUCUUUCAGCAUCAAAGGUCGACAUGCAGACCAAUGACUGCAGAAUAAAAGGGCCAAAUGCAGCGGUGGAGGAUUGUGCAAAGCUUACACCCUCACCCACAGCACCAGAGGACAGUAAUAAAAAUGUUUCUCUGAAUAAUAAAAAUCUCAACAACGCCUGUGAAUUAAAGCAUAUGACAUCUGAACCACAACACGAUAAUAAAGGGAGCAUUUUAGCUAUCAAAGACACCGACACAGCUGUACCACAGAAAUCCCAGGAGCCCGAUCAUAUACGUAGCUGCUCUCAAACCUCUGUGAGUCUGCAGGAAGCAGCCAAACCUAAACAAAGCAUGGAAACUCCUGCAGCUCCUCUUAGCUCCACUACACCUCCGUCUAAGAGCAAAGAUGCAGAAGCCGGGUUUACAGAUAAGACUUCAAGUUCAACACAUCCAGAGAAGGAUUUGGCACCAUUAAAGAAACCACAAGUCUCCUCAGAUAAACAUCAGCCAGCGUCCUCACAGACGGACUCCUCCACUCUGCCCCGGGCUACACAAACCAUGCUGGCAGAUGGGCAGGUGGCUGAGGAAGCCAGCCAGACCGACACAGCUUUCUAUGAAGCGCAGCAGCACGGCAAGCUGUACAGGGAGGCUUCAACGAUGACCUUAUCCCCGUCAACUGCACCGUCCAAGAAGUGUCAUGAUAUGGAGGUUCAGGCGGUGGCAAACACGUGCAGUAAGGCUGUGGCCACGAGUCCCAGUCUGCUGCCUAUAGCUGUGCCUCGCAGGCUGAGUGGUGGUGCAGUCCCCAAGGAGGCCCCGCAGAGUCUGGCUGUAGUCUACCAGGUCGACAGGGGUGUGGGACUAUAUCAGAUGAACAUGAGCUCUCAAUCUGCUUCUAUUGAUCCAAGGUCAGAGAGACUCACUGUUGAAGCAGAGAUGUGCCCCAACCAAAAUGCCGUUGUGGGAUUCCAGUCAGAAACUUUGUCCCAGCAGCAGGACAACAGGCUCGGAGCAAAGCCUAAAGACCCUGGGUCAGCUCUCUGCAACACCCAGCCAGUUUAUCAAAUCAACAUUGAACACAGCAACCACAAGGAGCAAGGGGAAACAUGUAACUCCCAAAAUAAAACAGUGGUUCAGAAAUCUGCAGCGAAAACGGCCAAUGUCGAAGCUCCAUCUCUAAAAUCAGGAACACCCCCAGAGACGGCCGGUGCUACUAAGUCUGUAUCUGCUGACAGUCACAAUGCUGUGCUGACACAGGCGGCUGUUAAAACGAAGCCCAGCCAGGCCCUGCCAACAACAACAACAACAACAACAACAACAACAACAACAACAGCAACUAACACCAAAUCUAAGCCAGAUCUAACAAAAAAAAAAGCUGAAAGUCCCAAACAUAAGGCUAAAGGUGGAGGUAAAGGGACAAAGAAAGAGUCAAAGUCAGGCAAACAGAAGAAAGAAGCGGAGAGGAAGGAGGAAGAGGAAGCAAUGCAAAAAGAAAAAGGCAUCCACGAUGUCGUCUGGGACGAACAGGGGAUGACUUGGGAGGUCUACGGGGCAUCUGUGGACCCAGAGUCCCUUGGUUUCGCCAUUCAGAGCCACUUGCAGUGCAAAAUCAAGGAGCAAGAGAGGAAACUGAUCACCCAGACUUCCAUCCGAAAGUCAGUCUCUGGUGUGGACUCGCCGGGACAUGGCAAGAAGAGCAAAAGGCGGCAGCAGAACAUUUUCAGGUCAAUGUUGCAAAAUGUCAGACGGCCCAACUGCUGCGUGCAUCCCCCUCCCUCCUCCGUCCUCGAGUAG